GGCGAUGUGAGUAUUGGGGGCGUGGCCUCCCGCUGGCUCUGCACUAGUUGCUGUGGCAGCGGGCGCGAUGUGGCAAGUCCUGGCAGCUGGCUCGCUCUUCUUCCCGGGGCUCUACCUCGUGCUUAAACGCUGUGCCCACUGGGCCGGGCCCGGCUGGACAGAGGGGGAGUGCUCGCUCAUCAGUGCCAGGUAAGAGCCCGUGCCAUGCCAUGAAUGCCCCCGGGCUUCCUGCUCCCUCCGCGGAGAGAGUCGGGUAUGGACCGAGCAGGGCAGCUAUGGGGGGGCACAGGGUAUCGGGCAUUGCAUGCUCUGUGCUGGGGGUCAGUGCUGGGCGGAGCCAUCAGGGCAUCCUGCAGGGAGAGAAGGGCAUCUGCAUUAACCCCUUAAGCCGGACACAUGCCAUGAUUCCCUUUUAUUGCAGAAGUUUUGUCCUUAAGGUGAUCAUUAAUACCGGGGGGGAGGGGGGCAUACCUUCACCCCAUUAGUAGGGAACAGGGUGGAUAUCAGUCUGUCUGUCUGUGUGGCAUUGUAAGUGUAUAUAUUAUUUGUGCUCGGUGUAUUUCAUUCAUAAUCCAAUGGGCUUAUUAUACAGUAAACUCUUGCUGCGAAUCAACAUCCAAAUGGCAAUAUUUAGACUAAAACAGCCCAGCUGUGACUAUAGCAGAGAUUGGGAAGUUUUCCCAGACAUUUUAGCUGGGAUAUUACCAUUACCAUCUGGGCUUGAUGGUGAGUAUAGUUGCAUUGCACAAUUUAGGCAAUAAUAGCUAAUGUGGGGGGAAAGAGCUCCUACUCCACUAUAGGCACAGGUUGGCUAUUUUAGCCUAAAUUUUGCAAUUCAGUUUCCGCUUCAUUCAUACAAAUGACAGUGGUGAAAUCAGUGCCUGCAUGCUACAUACUAAUGCUAAAAUACUAAUCCAGAUUUCACUGCCACUACACUGUAAAUUGUAUGAAGGUGUGGUUUUUAAAUACAGCAAUUUAUAUCACAAUGUUGUCCUAGUUGUUAAAAAUAGCUUACUUUAAAUUAGCCUUAUUAUAUUAAGGAGACACACUCCUCACUGCAGCCUGUAUCAUUCCUGAUGAUUUUUAUCCAGUCAGAUAGAUGCCUCUCAUAGAAGAAGUGAGAACACACCGUGCAUGCACAGCGGUUGCUGCGAUCUGUCAGUCCAUUGCUUCUCUAAGUACUGAAUCCAAUGCUUCUUCUAGAACACCACUGGACGCCCACAGCAGGUCACGUCAUACUUUACAUGUUAAUGGACUACAUGUAGAUUCAACAAAGGGAUGUCAAUCUGGUGCACCUAGUGGCUUUUUGACAGCCAUAGGUAGUAGGGGUGAAAAUGGCAAUCUGUAGAGAGUGCUGUUUUCCUAAAAAUGGUCCUUUUUUGCAUUUGCAAGGGUGCAUGAGCUGCAUUUGUGACACAAAAUCAAUUCCUAGAGGGAACAAUCCAGAUCUCAUAACCACAUAAUCUUUUUUAAAUGAUGAUGUUGUCCCUUGGUUUGUUGUUAAAGCAGAACUGUCAUGGCCGAAUCCUGUUUUGUUUUUUAACCCCCCCUUCCGACUCCACUACAUCUAAUUGUCCCUCUAGUCACCUCCAAAUGCCCCUAAGCCCACCAUAUUAUCUAGUUUUUAAUCUUUCAUUUCUGCCCUGACCUAGGUCCUGGGCGCUGCCAUCUUUGUGUGGGUAGAUGAAGUCCAUGUGGGACACGUCAUCUGCCUAGAUAGCACUGUGAAAUUCCCGCGCAUGCCCAGUUAAACACUUGGGCAUGCAAAUGGAAUUUCAUCUAUUCCAAGCCAACCAAUCAGAUUGCUCUGAGUCAUUUACACAACCUGGGAAAAUUCCAAAGAACUUUCCCACGUUUUGUAAAAUGACUAGCACUCUGAUUGGUUGGAUUCCAAGCCAACCAAUCAGAGUGCUCUGAGUCAAAUUGCAUGGCGUGUGAAGGCUUUACAAAGCUUUCCCCCGCCCUGUGGAGUUAAGUCUGCACCAUGCCCUCGCCGGGUGAAGAUGGAUUAAUUUUUAGCGAAAGGUGGUUUUUUUUCCGGCUGAUUAUUUUUUCUGUGCCUAGGUUUUGCGCAAGGGGUGGAGGGGGAGGGGGGGGCAAUAGGUUCCCCCUCUAUUGUUAUUUAGGGCCCCCACCCGCCGCUCAGGGGUGGGGGCCGGGGGGGUACAAUAGGUCCCCACCCCUUAUUGUUAUUUAGGGCCCCCGUCUGCCACUCAGGGGAUGGUGCUAUAGUACUUUAGCCAUCAUAGCCACUUUAAAGAGCUGAAAUUGUUAUGAUGUCAGGAGUGUUUCUUUAACAUGAACAUAUUUUGUUUCUGAGUCUGUACCUUUAAAUGGUUAGUUCUACAUUUUGUAACAGUCUGUCAGUAUUGUAGUGAUUAGUAGUGUAUUGAUCAGAAUAGUUCACAAUGUUCUGUGGACUGCUGAAGUGAAAUUCUAACAUUAAUUUGGCUAAAUGCAAAGAAUGUUCUUUUUGGCCAAACAAAAUCUUACGGAUGGCAGAAUACUUGUCAAAUUAUUGAUGAAUAAAUAUGGCCUACAUUAUUCGGCUUUGUGUGAAUGCUGUGAAAUGCUCAUACUAUCUCAUAUGUCUUGGAGGAUCUAGAAAUUCAAAUGCCCAUCUUUAGAUAUAACUUGAAUUAGAACUGCUAAAAUAUAAAACUGAUCUGCUGACCUCAAUCUAAAAAUGCUAAAACUCAAACUUAUCUUCAUUGUGUAUAUGUCAAUGGAUUAACAAUAAUGUUUAAGCAAUUACCCAGUUUAAUCAAGGUUAUCAAGGUUCCUGAUAACGGUCAUGUGGACAAACUGUAUAAUUGAUAUUUAUCACCUCUUGUAAAAAAAAAAUAAAAAAAUUAAAUUUCAUCUCCCUUAGAACAUUUACCUCUGCAGAGUAGAUUAGUUAUGUUUAUUUUUCUAACUAAAAUCCUCCCUCCUGUUAAGUGAAUGAGGGGGAGAAUUGGAGCUUAUUAAAAAUAAAUAACCCUUUGCUUUCUGAGUUAUACAAUUAUCAAGUUGUUAAUUAGUUUUUAUGGGGGUGUUGCACUUAAGGCAUUCUUUGCUAAACUCCAAGCAUCCCAUCUCACUCACAACCAGCUGUGAGAAUGCAGGAAGGCUUGGAGUGCAGACACAUUGCAUUGCCAAUGAUGCGUGUUGAUCAUCAAUUCAUGGCAUGAAAUGUGCUCUGAAAGCCACGGUAUGCCAAAAAGAUGCCCGGUAAGUGGCUGAUACUGACAGCUCCCAUCCCAGAUCAAUCCAUAACAGCAUUUACCUGAAGAUCUUAUACAUAUCUGGGAUGUGCGGAAGCUGUCACGGUAGGUAGCAGCGGUAAUAAAGACUGGCACUCUGUAUAAGCAAACUGGGUGCAUUGUCCAGCACAUUAAAAGUAGCACCUGGAUCAGGAGUUAAUUUAAACUGUAGGUUGUAUGUGGAUAUACGCUGAUACUCAGAUUUGACAUGAACUCUUUGGCGGGCCAAAAUGUUGCUCAGUCCAAAUAAUGGUUGAAUAAAACACCUGAUCUAAAAAUACCAGGUGUUGUAUCUCUUUUAUUACUUCUUUUUCUACCCAUCCUCUAGGAACAGUUUUCAGUGACUGUACCGGUAAGUCACAUGUCCUUAUGGGGUUUCAAACCUAUUUUUAUAUCAACCGCUGGUUUGUAUAAAAUUGUGUAAAAUAUGAUUGUGUAACUGACAUAAGAAACACGCUUUAAAAUAGUAUUGCAUCAUUAUAUGCAGUUGUAUUCUUGCUCAUGUAGUACUGUGCAGAAGAGAAAAUAAUGUUUGAAGCUGCUUAUUUCAGCAUUAGGUGUUUAUUUGUUCAGAAAGCACUACACAACAUUACAGGACCCCAAAAGGCACCCAGUCCACUUUUUCUCAAUUAAGUGGUCUGGGUGAAGUUGUCUUAUAGUUUUUGCUCUUCCGUUUUGUAGAAACAGCAAUGUUUACCCGACUGUCUUCCUGACCCACUAGAGCUGCUUCCUUCCCCUGGGCCCCUUUUUUUAAGACUUGAUUAUAUUAAAAAAUAGUUAUGAGGUGAUAGUUGUCCUUUAAAGUGGAAAAUUCUAGAAUAACUGCUCACAAUAUUAUCCUGUACGUCUGAUAUCAACUUCAUUAUAGCUUGGUCAGGGUGGGAAAAUAACAAAAAGCACACGUCAGUUUUGGCAAAUAUUGGAAGAUUUACAACAGGACUAAAUUGCAUGACAUGUAAUAAAAUUAUAUGACGUGGGCACUUUCCCAAAGCAAUAGUUCCAGUUUUGUAUUUGAAGGGGAUGUAAACAAAACUGGCUUAUUUUAGAAACACAAACAUGUUUAUGGUUUUAAAGUUUUUAAAUAUAGUAACAAAUCUAGAAAGAAAGUUUUUACUUAUCUUUUCUCCAGCUCCAUGACUCCCUCUGCAUUGCCGGCCUCUCUUCCACCUGUGACGUCACACAGGGUCUCUUGCAGAUGGUCUAAUGAAACUCUCCAUAUUGAGGAACAUUUGGUACUGAUGUGCAUGCACGGUAAAUGCCACGUGUGCAUCCAAAUGCUUCUCAAAGGAAAGCGUUGAAUUUAAUGUUUUCCUAUGAGCUGCAACGUCCCAUGACCAAGUUUUACUAGAUUGUUUCUCAGCAAGCACCUCUAGUGGAUGUCAGGAAGACAACCACAAGAGAUGUGUUUAACCCUGCAGCAUUGCAGUUUCUUCAAAACCUGCAAGGUUAAAACUACAGGAACAUGCAUCCAGAGCAUUUCAUUGAGAUGUUACACAUCUCUCUUUUUAGAAAAAAUAUAAAUUAUUUCUCAAAUUAAAGAGACACUCUAAACACCAAAACCUACAGCUGAAGCAAUCAGCUACCCCCUGUUAUAUGGAGUCAAAGUGUUGUUGAAUAGUUGAGCUGGGGACCACUGGACAUCACUCACAGCCUAUACUUCUAAGAGUCAGAAGUUCCUAAGCAGGGAUCGUCAGCUAAUUGCUCUUUCUAGCACAGUUUAAUUGCGCAAGAACUGGCUUCCAGUGAUUCUAGUGGCGAUGGGGGUACAGCGCUUGACAAAUACCAGGUAACAAGUGAAGCCAUUGGAAAAAUUUUGAAUUCUUACAAUGGAGGGGAGUCAAGACACUCCUGGUACCAUGAGCACUACAAAGCACUUUAGUAGUUAGGCUACUUGAAGUGUCGCUUUAAUUUGAAAAAAAUUUUUAUGGGCCUAAGGCCAAUUCACAGUGUUGUAUACUUGAAUAUUUAUGCUUAUCAUCACCUCAAGUCAGCUAUUAUUAUUAUUAUUAUUAUUAUUAUUAUUAUGUUAUUAUUUAUAUAGUGCCAAAAAAUUCUGCAGCGCUUUACAGGGGGUGGACGAACAAACAUGUAGUUGUAACCAGUCAAGUUGGACACACAGGAAGAGAGGGGUUGAGGGCCCUGCUCAACGAGCUUACAUGCUAGAUGGAGUGGAGUAAAGUAACACAAAAGGUAAGGAUAGUAUUAGACUAAUGACAGUUGCAAGAGAGGAAUCAGUCGGGAGCUAUUAACAGUUUAAUUGAUACGCUUUUAUGAAGAAGUGGGUUUUUAAUGAUUUUUUGAAGGAGUGGAGACUGGGUGAGCAUCUAAUGGAGGAGGGAAGCAAGUUCCACAGGAACAUUGCAGUCCUUGAGAAGUCUUGAAGGCGAGCAUCGGAAGUGGGAGUACGGACAGAAGAUAGACAUAAGUCUUCAGCGAUGCAUAAGGGCCUAGAUGGGACUUACUUGUGUGAUAGGUGGGAGCAGCAUUAUCUAGAGAUUUGAAAGCAAGAACCAGAAUGUUAAAUUGAGCCCUAUAUCUUACAGGAAGCCAAUGUAGGGACUGACAGAAGGGUGAGGCGUGGGAGGUGCAGGCGUACAGGAAGAAGAGCCUUGCCGCCGCAUUCAUUAUGGACUGUAACUGCGCAAGUUGGGAGCACUUAAGACCACUGAGAAGCGGAUUACGGUAGUCAAGGCGAGAAAGGACAGUGGAAUGGACCAGCACCUUAGUCGCAUCUGGCGUUAAGUAGGGUCGGAUGCGCGCAAUGUUUUUGAGAUGGAAAUGACAGGAUUUGGCGAUAGAUUGAACAUGAGGCUUGAAGGAGAGGUCGGAGUCAACGAGCCUGCGUGGUGGAGCUGAUGGUAGCACCAUUGACCUGGAGACAGACAGACACAGGAGUAUCAACACUUGAAGGAGGAAAGACCAGAAUUUCAGUUUUAAAACAAGUUGAGUUUAAGGAAGUAAUAAAUAUUAAACAUAUUGAAAGAUCUGUAUUCUGUUGUUUUAAAGAUACCCGUGCUAAAAUUCCUUGUAUGCUUGAAACAUGAUUGAUGUGAAAUUCAGUAUCUUACAAUACUUGCCACCUACAUUCACUGCCUAUUUGUUGGCCACAUAAACAGGCCACACUACCUUGUAGUUUGGUUUAUAUGUAGUGAUGACAUCAUGCAUGUUACCUUAUGUGAUGUCAUCUUCAUACAAUAUCAAGAAGUCUUGAGAGUAUGUUUUUAAAGAAAGUGACAUUUAAAAUGUAUUAUAAAGGCAUUAAAAUAUUUGUAACUAUAAAAAGAAAAUAAGCCAAUGAUUUAGGUAAAUUGGAAAAAUGGUUAGAGCUGUGGCAAAUGACAUUUAAUGUGGAUAAGUGCAGAUAAUGCAUCUUGGGUGUAAAAACCCAAAGGCAGACUAUAGAAUAUUUCAAACCCUACUAGCCUCAACAUCUGAGGAAAGGGAUUUGGGGGUAAUAAUUUCUGAUGACGUAAAAGUAGGCAGACAAUGUAAUAGAGCAGCAGGAAAUGCUAGCAGAAUGCUUGAGCGAGUGGUAUUAGCAGUAGAAAAAGAGAAGUGCUCAUGCCUUUUGUACAGAACACUGGUGAGACCUCACUUGGAGUAUUGUAUGCAGUACUCGACACUGUAUCUUCAGAAGGAUAUUGAUACUUCGGAAAGAGUUCAGAGAAGGGCUACUAAACUGGUUUGUGGAUUUCAGGAUAAAACUUACCAGGAAAGAUUAAAGGAUCUUAACAUGUAUAGCUUGGAGGAAAGACAAGACAGGGGGAUAUGAUAGAAACAUUUAAAUACAUUAAAGGAGGAGACCAUUUUUAAAAGAAGAAAAACUACCAAAACAAGAGGACAUAGUCUUAAUUUAGAGGGGCAAAGGUUUAAAAAUAAUUGUAGGAAGUUCUACUUUACAGAGAGGGUAGUGGACAGAUGGAAUAGCCUUCCAGCUGAAGUGGUAGAGGUUAACACAGUAAAGGAGUUUAAGCAUGCAUGGGAUAGGCAUAAGGCUAUCCUAACUAUAAGAUAAGGCCAGGGACUAAUGAAAGUAUUUUGAAAAUUGGGCAGACUAGAUAGGCCGAAUGGUUCUUAUCUGCCGUCACAUUCUAUGUAAGUGUAUAAUUCACGUAAAUUUUUUUAAAAAUUAACUUUGAGGCAAACUUCUGAUACUUUCUCUGGCAUCUAAAAGGACUUUUCGGGUGAGAAACAUAGAAACAUAGAAACAUAGAAUGUGACAGGAGAUAAGAACCAUUCGGCCCAUCUAGUCUGCCCAAUUUCCUAAAAACUUUCAUUAGUCCCUAGCCUUAUCUUAUAGUUAGGAUAGCCUUAUGCCUAUCCCAUACAUGCUUAAACUCCUUUACUGUGUUAACCUCUACCACUUCAGCUGGAAGGCUAUUCCAUGCAUCCACUACCCUCUCAGUAAAGUAAUACUUCCUGAUAUUAUUUUAAACCUUUGUUGGUUAGGUGUGGAGCAGACUCCUUACCCAUUCUUUGAACGUGAGAUCUAUUCCUAGUUUAAACUGCUGAGCAUUUUAACCCAAGCGGUAACUGAGUAUACUAGAAUUGCACUUAAAACUCCCAGACAUUCAUACCGUUACUUGCAGAAUUAAGUUUUGGAUUUCAUUUAUUUAGUUUGUUUUUGUGUUUAUUUUGGAUGAAUAAUCGCCUCGGUGUUGUGUGACAUUAUUUACAGAUUUGUCUUUAUUCUUUUAGGUACUCAACACUAAUUUUAGAUGUGAUAUAUAUACAUUCAUUGUGAAAUACAAAAGAAAAAACAUUGUGUAAGAUGGUAAACAUUUUAAAAUGGUUCAUCUGAUAAGCUAGUUGUUUACCAAAUAAAUUAUGAUAAAUGUAACCAGAUUACGCGAUUUAAGUAAAAUUAGCAAGACAGAAAAUAGUUUGAAUUGAGAAAUGUUCCCAUUCCACUAACGUGGGCCAAAUUCACAGUUUAAAUGAACACUUCAAGCACCGUAAUCACUACAGUUCUCUAGAUAAAUUAGGUAGAAUAAGACUGUAAGUUGGCUGUCGAUCUGCCAUUGCAAUUAAAGGAGAUUGUAAAUAUUGUCUCUCUUCUAGACAUUAGUCAUUUAUAGCCCUGUCACUUGGUAAUAAUCGCCUGCCACUAUGAGCAGUACAGUUGGUAAACACCAUGGCCUGUGCAAUAUAAAGACCAAUAGCUAAGCCACGUGAGAUUGGUAGUAAGUGGUGGACACUGUAGCUUCCAUUACAGACCAUAAAAAUAGUAUGCAUAAAAAGUGGGGGAAAAAAUCAAAUAAAAGUAACAUCCAAAACAGAAAUCUUUUCAAAUUAAAAACAAAUACAAUUAUCUGUGGCAAACUAAAGACAUUGAAUGCUUCCUUCUUCAAUGGAAGUUUAAAACAAAAACUUUGUAUGUAGAACACAGGGCAAAUAAAUAGGUUAAUUGGAAGCAGAUCUGGUUCUGUUACACAAAAGUAAAUUGAAGGAAAAGGUACAUGCGUACCUUGGACAAUUCUUUCUAAACAACCAGUCAGAAAUGAAUCUUCAAAUAAACAUCUGCAGCUCCUGGUAAGCAUCAAAUCUAUAAAGAUAAUCCAAAAGGAUAACAUUCCAACAUAAUUGUGUUAUGGGGAAUAAACGCUGCUCAAGUUAAUGUCAGUAACAUAACACGGUGCAAUUAUUGAUAAAAGGCAAUGAACAACUUUCUGAUCAAAACAAUAGAUACUCACUCUGCUGUCAUAAUUAGUUUUUUUUUAAAAAGGCCAUGAUCUAUAUUUCUCCAAAAAAAAUAAAAAAUUGUAUGUGGUCAAAAUUUAGAUUGCGGCAGCGUUCAGGAGCAGAUGCCAUUUCAUCCAGUUUCUCCUAGCAAAAUUGAUCUGUAGCCCUUAACAUGCGAACCACCCUCCAUCCAGGGACGCAACAGCAAUCUUUGUACUGGGAACCGGACCCAUGGAUACCUUUUUUAUACACUUCGGCACUAAAACCCAGCGCAGAGUGCCUCAGGCCUACCGGGCAGGAAUCCCGCAGCUGCCGCACAUUACCCCCUGGGACGGGGACGACUUUGACUCGGCCCCACAAGCAGCCUAUUUACCUACCUUGGGGCAUACCAGAAUCCACGAUGGUCCGCAAAUCCCAGAAGCCGGCUCUGGCCGCGGCUGCCUCAAACCACAAUAGCCAGAUGCUGGCCUCGACUCGGGAGACUUCACACCCCCCGGCAGGAGACUACUCCCAGCCCAGUAGUGGAGACGGCUGCGCCUGGAGCACAACCACCCACUACCCAAGUCCUGGAGCACAACCACAAGGCAGGAUAUACAUGACCUACUGGCACACUUCCAGGACAUGUUCUUUGCAGAGAUCAACCUGCUUAAAACUGAACUACAAGCAGUCACAGAACGCCUCUGAGGAGGACACUGCUGACCUGAAGCAAAGCAUGACCACUCAAAAGGAAUCAAUUCAGCACCUGCAAACUUCUCACUCUUAACUAGCUGCCAGAAUGGAUUCACUUGAAGACAAGAGCAGACAUAAGAACGUCAAAAUUUGGGUUGUGGAUGACUCCGUAGCCACUGACGAGCUACCACAUCUCAUCAGGCGACUUAUCGCAUCUAUCCUCCCAGCCAAAAACGCUAAACAGUUAGCUUAUGACGGACUCUAUCACACUGCAACAUUCUUGCAAACGCCAAAUACUGUCCCCAGGGACAUUAUACUCUGCUGCCGGUUCUAUGCGAUGAAACAAAGGCUGUUACAGGCGCUGCGGGGGAAAACCCCACUCCAGUUCGAGACUCACUCACUUACCUUCUACCGGGAUCUAAGCAAGGCCACACUCUUGUGGCGAAAAACAAUGCGCCCUAUCACGCAGCCCCUACAAACUGCUGGCCUUCCUUACAGAUGGACUAACCCAAGAGCGCUAGUAUGCUCCAAAGAUGGAAAAUCCUUCAAAGCUACUAACCCUUCGGAUGGUCUGCAAUUUCUACAGGCCCUGGGCUUUCCAAUGCCGGAUCCGGCGACACCUUUUCGACGAGUCUGGGAUGUUGACAACAUCUUACCCAAAGUAGUGGAUAGCGCUAAAUGGGUUUGUUAAAAAGUGUAACACUUAUGAUAAUAGAGAUCUUAGAAAUCAGCAGCAAUCAUUAAUUAUGUAUAAAACAAUCCAAUAUCCAGAAAAAGAUGUUGACAACAUCCCUCCUUUUAUUCCUGGAGGGGAACGGGACUCCGUAACCUGAAUAUGACGGUGCUUACAUAUCGUUGCUUGUUUAAUGAUAUGACCUAUUCCCUUUAAGUUUACAAUUGCACUUCAGAUUGCUCCGUAGGCAAUCUUGUUCUAUGCACCGAAUAACUCUUCAAUGUUAUAUUAUAAUGCUCCUGAUGCUAUUGUUUGAACGACAUCAGAGGGCCACCCACAUAUUUAGCUAACACACACUCUUACUAGACAACGAAGGGCCUACCUGAUUUAGACAUGCUUAAAUCGCCCCGCUACCUCGGGUACAAUUAAUGAACCUGGGACAUAGCUCCAUGAGCGCGUAAUUAUAGGAUGAUCUCCUAAUCCUGUUACUCCUGCUAGCCGAGUUGUCUUGCUACUCUACGCUAUGUUUAUCUUGCUCGUGUUAUAUGCAUCAGCAAUAUUAUUUCCCAGUUACUCAAAUUUGAUAUACCACAGCUUACUCUUACCUUUACACCCACACCUGCUACGCUAACACACUCUUAAUUAGCCACGAGUAGUACUGCUGGAACUUACUUAGGACCACUCGCUAGAAAAGCUUGAUAUAUAUCAGCCACUUUUGUACUCUUGCAAUCUCUCAUUUAUUUUCCCUUUAUUACAAAAAUGUGCAAAUGUGCUCUACAGUAUGCCAUACCAAUGUGAAUAUAUGUUAACAGUUGAACUGCAUGCAGAUGUUGUUGUGGCACUGCACGCUUCUAUGUAAUCGCUUUCACUUCAAAAAUAAAGAUUGACAAAAAAAUAAAGAAAAAUUCAGAUUUCAAGCCUUGGACUGGCAAAGUUUCAACCAUCACCUGUUUUUUUGUUGUUUUUUAAAAUCCAGGUAUUUGGGAGCAAUUUAACAAAAACUGUUCCGAGCACAAUCUUCACACAUAAAUCCACUUCAGCAAGUUAACGUGCUUUAGAGAUGUUGAAGUUUUGGGUUUUUUUUUUAAGUAUUUUGUUUAGCUGGAUCAACAUUUAUCAAGUAAAACAUCGAAGAAAAUGUAAUGUACUUGAUCUAAAACACUAGUUACCUCAGCUGACUUUGUGUGUGGUAAUUAUCUCAACUUGUGGUAUUGUUGAUCUCUAGAUUGUCAGUUAAUUUAUUUGGUUCACUUGAGUAAAUAUUACAUAUAUAUAAUUGAUACAUAGAAUUUGCCAUAGAAAAUAUUCCAAUUUCAACAUAAAAUUAAGCAGGACUGAAGCAGUUGUGAACGUAAAAUAUUGUGCAUUUUUCUGGACUUGGGUUAGUGAUGUUUCACACAGAAAUUUAUUACCAUGUGCGUAAUAGGAUGCAGACAAAAAAACGUCCCCUCCACAAUGGUUAACCAACAUAACAAUCUUCAUAUGACACAAUAUAUUUAUUAAUUAUACCAAAGCCAUACAUAAUACUAUUAUGCAUAUAUUCUUUAUUUAUUUAUUUCUGUCGACCAAGAUUGUGUUAGUAGAUAUCAAAAGUGAACUAUUCUGCUAUAGGCAUUCAUACAGCUCCCUAUUCAUAAAAAGGUGCAUAAUUUGUUAUGAAUAUAAAGCUACGGGUUGAAACUCCGAACUUCUUGCAUGUCAGUUUCAAAUGCUGGAUGCCACUGGAGUGCCUGGAGUGUUGCUUUUAGGAGCUUUUCAAUAAAGACUAAUUUUAUGUCAUUUUUAUUUAACUCUGUUGAUUAUAUAUGGGGCCAGAUAUUUCUUUAUCUUUUUCUGUUAGAAAAAUUGCUUAUCAAUAAAAAUGUACAGCUCUGUAUUCUAUAAAAUGUUUUGAAUUUAGUGUAUUUGGAAAAACUAUACUGAAACAAUGGUGCAAACCCUACUCGUCACACUGCCCUCAAAUGUCCUCUGAUGAUACAGAGAAUGCUUGGAAGUCUUGUAGUGGGAGAUUACCACAGUAUAUGUUGGUGCAAAUUCCUUGAGCUCAAACAUUGUGAAUAACUCCAUAUUAUCACUAUGCUGCAACCACUGAAAGCCAUUAGCUGAUAGGGUGUAGGCAGGUAUAGUCAGGCACUAUUGAAGGAAGCCCUUGGAAGUCCUUCACCUUGUGGUGUAAAGAUAAAUACACAUUAUUUACUCAGCAGAGAAUGUUAGUGAGGUCUAUUAUAUAGAGCUAAUACAAUAAGAUAACAAGCGUGUUGGAGAAUGGAUCUACUGAUUACUGAAAACUUAAUAAAUGUAGUGCAACUCAACAACUAAAAAUGUUGUCACAUUAGAUGCCUAAUGUAUGGAUUUCAUGUUUUUACAAAUGCCAUCAGGUGCCUUACUAAUAACCAGACACAGGAUGGUAUACUGUUGUAUUUAUGUAUUUUGUCCCACUUACUGCAAGGCAAUGGUAGUUUAAUAUUGCAGACCCUUUCAGAAAUAAUACAAGAAAGGGGAUAGCAUGUAAACUUGAAACAAUUGUUAACAUUUAAAAAAGAUGGCAAACAAAUUUAAAAAAAUAGAAUGUAAUAUGUAAUGGUCCAAGAGUAAUUAAAGAUAAAUACUCUUUGAGCCUAUUUAUCUGAUUACACAAUAAUUUGCUGAGAUAUAUAUAAAACACAAAUGGGCUGCACUCACGGUCUUUCUUAGUAGAGUUUUCUUUAUUCCAACAUAUAGAUGUAGAUCAAUGUUUCAGUCCUCUUAGGGGCUUUCUUAAGGAUCAGAUAACAAUAAUGUGUGUUAUUUGAUCCUGAAGAAAGUGUGUGUUAUUUGAUCCUGAAGAAAGUUCCUAAGAGGACUGAAACGUUAAUCCUGUGCCUCCUUUCACUAUUAGAGGGGAGAUACUGUAGGAAUUUAAUCUAUAAACAGUGUGUAUUUGUAGCCAGAGAUGAUAGCCAAGUGUAUACCCACUUUUUAGAUAGCUCUGAAGAUAGUUGAUAGCUGUUAUCUUUGAGACUUAUGCAGUUGGUAUAUAUAUAUUGUAGUCACAGAAGAGAGAAAAUGGUUCAGGCACUACCAAGGUAUAGAUAGGCAAAUUUAUUGGAACUAAAGUGUCCAGCUGCAACGUUUGGACCAAAUCAGUCUAUUUCAAAUAGUGGUUUAGAGCAAACAUUGGCACACCUGCAUGCCCCAGUAUAGUAAUAGCAGAGUGCAUUGUGGGAGCAUGUGUAUGUAUAUAUGUACUUAACUCUAUGCACCAUCCCAAUAGUAAGAUAUUUCAUAUCUAUUAACCUAGUACAGUGUACAGAUUUCUUUUUAUAAUUUAUGGAAGAGGCUUGUCCUCAGUACUUUAUGUUGCUUUUUGGUCAACUUUAAAAGCCAAUACAACAGGGUCCUACCAAACUGUCAGUGCUGGAUAUUAGUAAUUGUAGGAACCAGUAGUAAUAGAUUCACAUGUUCCUUCAUCCAGUUAAACCGGUAGAGCCUUAUUGCAUUAUUGUGUUAUAGUGAAAAUGACAUUUUAUAUUGUCUUUCCACAAUUUGCAGUUGUGUACUGUUCCUGUUCCUUUGUUUCCAUGUGGGAAAUGCAAUAGUAAAAUAAAAUACCUGCACCUGGAUUUGAAUCUCACCUGGUGACUAUUGUUAUGCGUUGAUAGCAUGUACAAAUAGACGCAUUCAUUCUAAGGUCAAACAAAAGUUGAAAGUAAACAGUUUCACACAUUUUAAAGUGCUAAGCCAAGAUGAAAUAAUAGUCAGAAAAGCCCUUAUAAUUCGCACAGAACUCUCAAAGCACAGUUUGCUACAUUAAACAUAAUCCAACAUUAACCCUUUAAUAACCAAUAAUGGGUCAGGUAAAUCACAAACCUUCCUUGGGGGGAGGGUUACUUCAAAUAUAGGGUUGCUAAAGUCCAGAAACUGUGACAAUGGUCAGGCCGAUUAACCCAACAAAAUGCUAAUUUUGAAAACUGAAGUUAGCAUAUAACUAAUUUCUUCUGGCAUAUAUUUAAAAAAAAAGACAAUCCUAUGGUGGCAUUGUUACUUGGGGCAGAACUGAAAAUAAAUAGUUUUGCCAUGAAAAAAAGUAUUACCUGCCAUUUUGACAGAGAUUGAUCAUAAAAUGGAGGAAUGGAAAUUGUAAAAAAAAAAAUCCUUGUUAAAUAACCUGAGGUGUCGUCUUUUAUAAACUGUAUAAUUUUGGUUGCUCCUGUUGGGUUCCAUAGCCACCAUCAAUCUAAUCUUACAGGCCAGGCAUUGGAGGUAACUCCCAAGAGCUGGUUAAAUAAAUUAAAGUGACACCAUAGGCACCUACAUAACUUUUAUGAACUAUAUGUUUUGGAUGAAAUCAGUUUUUGCAUGCUCAAUUUUGUAUUAAAAAAAGCACAAUAAGGGUUUUUGCUAACUACUUUUAAACUAUAAAGCUGAUAACUGAACUAUAACUUCCAGAAACCCAUGCAAUGCCCAUAAAUCUUUGCUGGGCAGAAAUUUGUGAGAGAAACUCAGCAUAUCCUAAGCUGAUCAUUUCCUUGUCUAGACAGGCUAAAUGCUUGAAACAUAAAGCUUGUGAAUUUGAAGCAAAUUCAAAUGUUACUAUAACAUUUUUAGCUUCAUAAUUUUAGAUUACAAUUCACUUUCAAUUUCCAGCAGUCCACACUUUAGUCAACAACCAUGUGUAUAUUCCUUAAAGGGACACAGCAGACCCCUAAAGCAUGUUAGCUUGCUGAAAAGCCUUAUGUGUGCAGAAUGUGUCCCAUUUUUUUAUUUUGGAAAAAGUGCAGAAUUCAAUAUAAAUUGACACUUUUAUAAAGUAACCUGGUUACACCCCCUAGCUUUCAAUCGGAAAACCACUCCUAUUACUUCCUGGUUUAGUUAGCUCAGUGGAGCUAAACUCAAGAGGCAGCAUUGAUCCGAGCACCCGCCUUGCAAAGACUUCUCAUUGAACUGCAUUGGGAUGUCUGUGAUUGCACAGACACAGAAAGUCUGGGUAAGGUUAGAAGAGGAGGGCUUGCAAAGGCAGCAGACAAGAGAUCUGCCGUUUUUGAAAUUUGUUUUUAGAUUGCAUAACUCCUGUGAUAAAAUGCUCAAUUAAAUGCUGGCAUUUUUUUUUAAUUUUGUGGUAUGUCUACUAAACAGUGAUUUUUAUUUAUUUUGUAUCUGGGCAGUGGAGUGCCCCUUAUACACUCCCUUCUUAUACAGUAGAACCCAAGCCUACCAAGUUUUUGUGCAUAAAUAUGAAUGUAUUCCCACAUGGAAAAUUACUGUAGGACCAUAAACAUUUGCCUCUCCCAUUGCAAGUACACAACAUGCAUUAGAGUGAGUUUUCUGUGUCUCUAGGUUCAGUCAUGUAAAAUGAAUUGGGUAGACAGAAACAACUGAACUAUAGCCAAGUAACUACAUUGCAAUAACAACUUACUUAGGCUAGAGCUUUGGACUUUGAAGGGCUGGUGUAUGACAAUACACCUCCUUAUAUGACAACGACACACACAGACUAGUGGCAUUGUUUUCAGAAGUUCUUCAAAGCAGACCACUACAAAAAAAAUGGAAGAAGAGAAUAAGAGCAUACAACUUAUACCUGGUGGGUAAAGGUGGUGACCAGUGCCACUAAACAAGUAUUGCUUGCAUAGUGUAAUAUAAACAAAUAAGCACCGGGAUAAUUUUUUUCUAGUGAGUCAUUUCAGAAUGAGAUCACUAGGUGUCUACAGUACUGUGUAGCUUGGAGACAAGGUAAAAUCUCUCAAAUUAGAUCUACAGCUGUACUAUAUUUAUACCAAGGAUGCAAGGAUACUGGAGCUGUGAGCAACACUACUAUGAUAGCAUAGUUGAAAGUAUGAAAAACAUUGAGCAAUGUAUUUUUAGAUAAAAUAAUUUCUUUAAUAAAUUGUUUAUUUGUAAUACAGACAUCUGUCAGCUGGGCAGAUACCUUUUUUCCUGGUACGAAUAACAUUAACUCAAGCAGGGUCCUCAUCAACCUACUGUUCCUGUAACAUUUUGCAAUUGUCUAAUUUAUCGUUAAAUUACCCCCUUUAUAAUGUUGUAAAGUGCUGCAGAAUAGGUUGUCGCUAUAUUAAUGCAAAUAACUAAUACACCUAGAUAUUCAGUGGACUUGUCCUCAUGUUUUGUCCUUCUAGAAAGGAAAUAUGUCAUAAGCAACCAGCCUUUGGGAUCUGUUCUUUUUUCAGCUGCACUGUGUUGACUGUUCUUCCUCUACACCAAUUUUCAAAUCUGUUAGAUAAUCUGGCAUUGCUGUAAGGUCCCCAAUAACAGGGAUUUUUAAUUAUGCUUUGUUUAUUUUGCAAGUGUCCUAGACCAGGGUUUCCCAAUUAAUUUUUCCCGUGGAACCCUUUGACAUAGUGUAUCAACAUCAUUGAACCCCCCGAAAGAAAAAAAAAUUCAAUUGCGCUGUUUUUUUGUUUGUUUUUUUAAAUGUGCCGGUGUGUGUAUAUCUGUGCUUGUAUGUGCCAGUUGUAUAUCUGACACACAGAUAAACACACAGUGUAUGUGUGUGUGUGUGUGUGUGUGUGUUUGUAUGUGCCAGUGUGUAUGAAUCUGAUACACAGAUACACACACUGGCAGAUACUGGCACACAGAUACACACACUGACAGAUAAACACACCUUGACACACAGUGUGUAACUGUGUGUGUUUUUUUGUGUAUGUAUGUAUGUAUCUAUCUAUCUGUGUGUCAUAGUGUGUGUAUUUGUGUUGUAUGUGCCAGUGUGUAUGAAUCUGACACACAGAUACACACUGGCAGAUAGUGGCACACAGAUGCACACACUGACACAGAUACACACACCUUGACACACAGUGUGUAUCUGUGUGUGUUUGUAAGUAUGUAUGUAUGUAUAUGUGUGUCAAGGUGUGUGCGUCUGUUUCAAAGUAUGUUUAUCUGUGUUUGUAUGUGUCUCUGUAUCAAGGUGUGUGUAUCUGUGUUUGUAUGGGCCAGUGUGUAUGAAUCUGACACACAGAUACACACAGUGGCACAAAUAUACACACACCUUAACACACUGUGUGUUAAGGUGUGUGUAUCUGUGUUUGUAUGUGCCAGUGUGUAUGAAUCUGACAGACAGAUACACACACACACACACACACACACAGGGAGAUAGUGGCACACAGAUACACACACCUUAACACACGGUGUGUAUCUGUGUGUCGAGGUGUGUGUAUCUGUGUUUGUAAGUGCCAGUGUGUAUGAAUCUGACAGACAGAUACACACACUGGCAGAUAGUGGCACACAGAUACACACACCUUAACACACUGUGUGUAUCUGUGUGUCAAGGUGUGUGUAUCUGUGUUUGCAUGUGCCGGUGUGUGUCAAGGUGUGUAUAUCUGUGUUUGUAUGCGCCAGUGUGUGUAUCUCUGUGUCAGUGUGUAUAUGUAUCUGACACACAAAUACACGCACACUGGCACACAGAUACACUGACACACAGAUACACACACCUUGACUCACAAAUACACAUACACACUCAGAUACACACAGUGACAUACACACACUUGCACCCACAGAUACACAGUGACACACUCAGAUACACACACAGGCACAUACAAACACACUGAUACAUACUGGCACAUACACACACACUUAGAUGCACACAGUUACACAUACAGAAACCUUGACACAGAUACACACACUGACACACACACACUCUUUGACAGACACACAUACACUCUCACUGACAAACACACACUCUUUUACAGACAAACAUACAAACACAUAUACACUUUCAUUGACAAGAACAGAUACAUUCUCACUGCCAAACACAUACACUCACUGACAAGCACACAUUCACUCUCACUGACAAACACACAAACACAUACAAACUUCCUAACAGACACACAUACAAUUUUUUAUUUUUUUUACAUUUUACUCCACCCAGCCCCCCUACCUUUAGGAGUGAUGGCCUGGGGUCCAGUGGGGCUGCUGGCAUGAGGUCCUUGUGGUCCAGUGGGGAUGGCUGCAGCUUGGCGUGCGGCGAGGGACAGACAGGUGAGCAGUGGAGGUGGGUGGUGAUGCUGGAGCCGGAGUGACGUCAUAUUCCGGCUCCGGCAUCACUGCUGUGCGCAUGAGGGAGCUGAGCAGGGAGAUCAGAGCUCACUGCUACCUCGCCGCCCACGGCCAUUUUUUUCCCAAAUUUUUCGGCUGAAUCCCAAUUAGUGUUCCACGGAACCCUAGGGUUCCGCCGAACACCAAUUGGGAAACGCUGUCCUAGACAAUUAUUGAAAAUUGUAGAAAUCAUAGUGUAUUCUUUAUAGAAUAUCUUCUACAGUACAUAAAUAUACACUUGCAUGUUUACAACUUUUUCUCAUUAUUUGUGAGUUUUACAUAAAGGUAUACUGAUAAAUUAAAUAUGUGGGUUGCUUUCCAAACUAGCCCAUUUUGUCUACAUUUCUCUAUUCAGAUUCCAGUCCAUUACAAUUGUAGUAAUAGUAUUAGUCCCGGUCUUUUUAAAGGGACACUAUAGUCACCCAGACCCCUUCAGCUCAAUGAAGUGGUCUGGAUGCCAGGUUCCCCAGGUUUUAACCUUUCAGAUGUAAACAUAGCAGUUUCAGAGUUUUAAAAUAGCAGGGUUAAUCCAACCUCUAGUGGCUGUCUUCGUGAAAGCCGCUAGAGGCGCUUCUGGGACGCUUGAUGCGAAAUUUGCAUCCAGCGUGCAGAACGUCCAUAGGAAAGCAUUGAAAAAUGCUUUCCUAUGGACUGUUAGAAUGCGCGUACGGCUCUUGCCACUGUGUUUAUUUCCAUGCCUUUAUCAACCAACUGUCCAUUCAUAACUCCAGUACCCACCCUGUUUCUAGUGGCUUCUCUCCCUUCCUCUAACUCUAGUGAAUGUUGUAUUCUACUUUUUACAGUAGGUCACUUUGACAGGAAGCAAGGGAUAUGAAGCUGUAUCCCCCUGUCUUUCACAAUUGGCUUCCGAAGUAUUGAAGAGAACUACUACAAAAAACAAGUUAGUCUCUGCAAUGCCACGCUACAGAUGGGGCAGGAGGAAUUAAUUGUGUAAGUUCGCUAGUAUCACAAAGGCUGAUGUAAUUAUCACAAUUCCUCCCCUCAUUUAACAGUAUUAAAAGGACACUAGAGUCACCCAUUCACCUUCAUCUCAAUUAAGUGGGCUGGGUGCAGUGGCAUUGUCCUUUUAGCCAUGUAAAGUAAAGCAUUCAGUUUUUUUAACAAACAGCCACUGGAAGCACUUCCACUGCACUGAUCAAGCAAAACUCGAUCACAUGACACAGAGACCCCAAAUUAAAGCAUUGAUUUAAUGUUCUCCUAUAGGAAAUUUGAAUGUGUACACGGAGGCUCAAUGGUGAAAAAAUGUGUAAAACUUAGAUUUCUUAGUCAUGGCAAAAUGGACAGGAGUGCACCUUUGUAGAUCUAGGGACAGUGACAGCAUAGCUUUAGGAAUACAGGUUUAUUUGCAGCUGGUCCUGAGUCCAUGAGCAUAGUGGACUACCUGGCAAAUUUUCCUGGUUUGACUAAAAGCCAGUCUGGACCUUUAUAUUAUUUAUUUAUUAUUUAUUUAUUUAUAAAAUAUUUUACCAGGAAAGAUACAUUGAGAUUUCUCUCGUUUUCAAGUAUGUCCUGGGUCCACAAAUCAUUGCAUUGUUACAUUAGGUACAACAAAAUACAAAAACAAUAUUAAUACACAAUAUAUACAAAAUUAAAAUUUAACAUAGAACAGGCAGGAAAUAUAUAAUCAACCAUGACACGUGCAUUCUGUUUUGAGGUAUGUAGAGAGGGAUCUCUUAAAUGACUUUAGUCUUAGGGAAGAUUUUAAAUUGUGCGGGAGGUCGUUCCACAAUUGCGGUGCUCUGUAGGAGAAGGAGGAUCGGGCCGCUUUCUUUUUGUAUUGAGGUAGACUAAGUAAAGUGCUUGUACUGGAUCGGAGCUUAUAGAAAGUGGGAACAGCUGGGGAAAGCAUUUUGUUCAGGUAGGGUAGGAGUUUCCCAGAAAAGCUCUUAAAAACAAGGCUGGAAAGAUGAAGGGUGCGUCUGGAUUCCAGCGAUAGCCAGUUUAGUUCCUUUAGCAUGUCACAAUGAUGGGUCCUGUAAUUACAUUGUAGCACAAAUCGGCAGAACGAGUUAUACAAUGUGUUGAAUUUAUUAAUGUGGGAUUGCGAUGCAGACGCAUAUACUACAUCCCCAUAAUCAAUGAUUGGCAUCAGCAUUUGCUGUACAAUCUUUUCCUUUACUGUAGGGCUUAGGCAGGCAUUGUUUCUGUACAGGGUACCUAAUUUUGGAUAAAGUUUAGAUGCAAGCUUUUCUAUGUGUAGGCCAAAAGAUAGAUUGGGGUCUAAUAUCAUACCCAAGUAUUUGAAAGAGUGGACUGCAGUCAGUGUGCCAUUUUAAUUUGUUUUGAUGGAUAGGUAGGAAUUGUGUAAUUUAAGUACUGUUCCAAAGAUCAUUGUGACAGUUUUGUCAGUGUUCAGGAAGAGUUUGUUUUUUGCGAUCCACUUUUCUACCUCUGUAAACUGGUCUUGGAGCAAAGCCUCAAGUUGCGGUAGAUUGGAUUUGCUCGCAUAGAUUACAGUGUCAUCUGCGUACAUGUGUACAUUUGAGGAUUGGCAGACAUUAGGCAGAUCAUUUAUAAAUAAUGUAAAUAGUAGAGGGCCGAGAAUGGAACCCUGGGGAACACCACACGUGACUGGGAGAGGGAGGGAGUCACUGUCAGAAAUGGACACAUAUUGCGAGCGAUCCGAUACAUACGAUCGAAACCAGUUUAGAGAAUGAUCACCAAUACCUGAGUUUUUGAGUUUGUGCAGUAGAAUGUCGUGGUCUACUGUGUCAAAGGCCUUAGCAAAAUCAAGGAAAAUAGCUCCAGUUAGGGCUCCUUGUUCCAUGCCAGUUUGGAUGUCAUUGCAAACUUUUAGGAGGGCAUAUUGUGUGUUCGUGUGUGUGUGUUUGUGUGUGUGCACAUCAAAAUAAAACAUGAAUAAAAUGAUUAAUCGGAAAUUCUUAUUAACAUCUUGGUAUGGUUCUGUAAUUUUAUUUAUUAUUUAUCUAUUGAAAUAAGUCAUGUUUAAUUUAAAGAAAUCAUACAGAACCCGUUUAGCUCUUUUAAUUAAUACUGCCUGAUAGCAUCAUAUAGUCAUAUGCUACUAAUGUUAACAACAACAACCUGUUUAUUUUUCAGGAUAGUUUCCUCCCUACAAGGAAUUCUUGCUGCUACAUCUGGGAUUAUCAUAAUUACAUCUUGCAAAGAUGUGAAAUUUGACAGGUAUGCACAAAUAACCUUUACUUGAUAUGCUUGUAAUAAUCAGAAACUAAGCUGAUCCACUGAGCCCAGAAAUAUUUUCUAAUAUUAACUAACCAUAGGGGGUUUAAGUGGUUCAGUAAGUCACUUUUAAUUGCUUUUUUUACUGGGUUGCAUUUUUUCAUUAUUCAAUACAAUAUGUGGCAUCAGUAAUGCCUAAUCAACAGUCCCUACAAAUAGACAUAUCCAUGCUAUGUGGCAUUUUUUUGGUUAUGUGGCUUAACUUGUAUAUAAGUCAUGAUUACAUAGUUACAUAGCUGAAAAGAGACUUGCGUCCGGCCUUCCAUCACAUUUGUUUUUUGCUGUUGAUCCAAAAGAAGGCAAAAUAAAACCCAAUUGAAAGCAUUUCCAAUUUUGCAACAAACUAUGAAAAAAAAUAGUUCUUGACCCCAGAAUGGCAGUCAGAUUAAUCCUAGGAUCAAGAAACUAUUACCCUGCAUUGAAAAAUUAUAUCCUUGAAUAUUCUGUUUUUGCAAGUAUGCAUCUAGUUGCUGUUUAAACAUCUGUAUGGACUCUGAUAAAACCACUUCUUCAGGCAGAGAAUUCCACAUCCUUAUUGUUCUUACAGUAAAAAAAUACUUUUAUUUGCCUUAGACGAAAUCGUGUUUCUUCCAGACUAAAUGCAUGACCUUGUGUCCUAUGUAAAGUCCGGUUUGUGAAUAGAUUUCCACACAAUGGUUUGUAUUUGCCCCAGAUAUAUUUGUAUAAUGUUAUCAUAUCCCCUCUGAGGCGACAUUUUUCUAAACUAAAGAGGUUUAAAUUUGUUAACCUUUUUUUAUAGCUGAUAUGUUCCAUUCCUUUUAUUAAUUUUGUAACCGUCUCUGCACUUUUUCUGGUGCCAUAAUAUCCUUCUUUAGAACAGGUACCCAAAAUUGCACAGCAUAUUCAAGAUGUGGUCUUACCAGUGAUUUAUAAAGAGGUAAAAUUAUAUUAUAAUCCUGAGAAUUAAUGCCCUUUUUCAUGCAUGACAAUACCUUACUAGCCUUAGCCACUGCUGAUUGACAUUGCACAUUGUUGCAUCAUUUGUUGUCUACAACAAUUCCCAAGAGUGCCCAAGAUCUAAUGUUGCCUGGGGGUCCAGAAAGCUGUCAGAUAGUGAUGUCCCGAACGGUUUGCCGCGGACGGCGAACAUAUGCGGUAAACUUUGACCCUGUACCUCACAGUCAGCAGACACAUUCCAGCCAAUCAGCAGCAGACCCUCCCUCCCAGAUCCUCCCACCUCCUGGACAGCUCAAUAAGAAUGCAGCUUCACAGUGAAUGUAAAAUGGAUGCUGUCCAGGAGGUGGGAGGUUCUGGGAGGGAGGGUCUGCUGCUGAUUGGCUGGAAUAUGUCUGCUGACUGUGAGGUACAGAGUCAAAGUUUACCGCAUAUGUUCGCCGUCCGUGGCGAACCAUUCGGCGAACCGUUCGGGACAUCACUACUGUCAGAUUGUCCCUGUCAGGAGGCAUUUAAUAUAUGGUGCCUCCUGUUCCCUCUCAGCUUCAGCAGCCUGUGGAAGUUUGACAGGCCUGACUGUUGCAUUGUUUCCAAACUUACAUGCAGCUCAAAGGGGUAAAACUGCGGCCAGGCUCACUGGGCCUUGCAGAUGAAACUGGUGAUCUCAGGAGGGGUGGUGGGUCAAGGCAUACUUCCAUUCAGCAGUGGCUAAGCUGGCUGCAGUAGUCUCCUAUCAGUGCUGAAAGAUUUUGUACUAAUUUCCAGGGGGUAGGUAGCUUCCCAGGAGGUAUUGGCCACAAUUGUUGGUGCUAAGCUAUAAUGUGCAUGAGUAGGCAUAAUCAGGGUCGGACUGGAAAAAAAUUUCAGCCUGGGCAUUUUUUAAUCACAUCGGCCCUCUGAGAAAGGAGCGGAGCCAGAAAGAGGGUGUUUUGUCAUCACUAUUGUUAUGCUAUUUCAAUGCUCUUCCAGGGCAGCCCAUGCACAGGGCCCUGCUCUUGCAUGAGAAAAAAAAAACAGUAUUUGUUCUGCGCAGCACAAGCAAAUUUAUUAACAUGCUUGCGCUGUGUUUGCUUGUGACUUGUCUCGCGUGUCUCCAUAAGUGGUAUACCAGAGCAGAAAAGUUCUAGGAAAGUGUAUUGUGUAUGUGUUUGGAGCCUGCUUGUGGGAUUGUGUUAAUGUAGAGUGAGCUGACUAAGUUUUUUCCUACUGGGAAACAGAUCUAGGAAAACUACAUGGGAUAUUUAGCAGGAGCUUUGAAAGUCUGAGUUUUAUUUUAUGGUCUGUAAAUAAUGUAUUUAUUGUAGACCCUAAUCAAGCUCAUGAAAGUGGUAAUAUACCGUAUAUAUUUGUGCUUUUGCGCUCUCACCUAUUAUUUGAUUAUUUGUCAAGUAAGAGCUUGUGCUUGGAAGAAGUACUAAAAACAAAAUAUACUAGGUAUACAAAAAUAUAAAAUAAAUGCAGUUAAAAGUCCAAAUAAUAGCCCAAAGGGGAGGACUCAUACAAUUUACUAAACAUUUAAAAAGCAGAAGAUUCCUGAGGCUACACUACAGCUGACUGAGGAAGCUCACAGACAAGUGAAACGCGUUUUGGCUGACUUUGGACUUUUAACUGCAUUUAUUUUAUAUUUUUGUAUACCUAGUAUAUUUUGGUUUUAUUUGGAAAUAAUACAUUUUAUCAGUUAUUCCAUCAAGUCCUUAAGUAUCCAGGAACUUUAUUGGGGAGUGCCAUCCCAAGAAAUUGGCACACUUCUGAUCACCCUUAGAGCCAGGUACGUAAGGCUCUUAACAAGGUGAGCAUAAUACUUACCAUCAUCAUAAUAAUUGCAAUUUUGCACAGUGCUACACAUCUGGUCUAUUUCUUCUUUUUGUGUCUUUGGAUGAUCAUUACUGAGGAAGUGGUGUGUUGCUGCCCAAAGAGCAAAAAGGCUUAUUUUAUGGAGCCAAUACUACAUAGGCUCCAGUCCAUGUGAGUGGUUCUAGUUAUUCACUCAUCACUGCUGUUUUCUUCUCUUUAUAUGUGUCCCCAAGUACAUAUUCCCAAGUGUGUUAUUGCAUUAAUGGAGUAAGUGGACCCCUCCACUAUUUUAUAUUUAUAUAGCGCUCCAUUAGUUGGUUUAUAUUUUAUACCAUAUUUCAUACCCCAACUUACAGGAAAUGGCAAAUCCCACAAACAGAGGUACUAGAUAGACGUAUUACCGGGCCUUAGAGUGGCUAGACCUAUCGAAAAAGAUAAAGACGAAGUCAAUAAUAGCCACGGUCAGGAAUACAGAAAUACGGAUAAACGGAAUAACAUGCUGGGUCAGGAUACCAGAAAUACUCAAGGUCAAAAACAAGCCGGGUAAGGGUACCAAAAUUACAAAAAGUCAAAUACAAGCCAAGGUCUAUAUCAAAAUAUAUAUCAAGAGAGACUUACUAUAAGCACUAACAUGUAUCAAGGCACAAACCACGACAGGGAAAUGAAAAAGGGCCAAAAUGAACUUUAUAAGGCUAACAUACUUUCUGUUUGGUCCAAGUCAUGCAGACCGGAACAGGCCAUACACGUACUAUCCAUUAGUUUGCCUGGGAACUUCUCCUCCUCCUGGUUUGCGUGGGAUGAAUGUUUUAAGGCCCUAUGUUCUUUCGGACAUUACCUGCUGUUUUAUCCAUGUCCUUUUAUAAUUCAAAUCGCGCAAAUUACGCUCGACUUUAAAGUGACUAUGUUAUAUUCUAUUAAUUUAGAGUCGCAAAGAUGACGUGGUCACUUUAAAGUCGGAUGUGACGUUGCGCUAUUUGAAUUUUAAAAGGACGUAGAUAAAACAGUGGGUAGUGUCCAAAGAACUUAGAGCCUUAGUAGGAAGAACGGUUCCCAGGCAAACUAAUGAUUAGUAUGUGUAUGGCCUGUUCUGGCCCGCGAUACCUGAGGAGGGUAGGAGCAAAGCCGUGCGAAACGUUAAGCUUGAGUGAAUCAUCAAGAGGAGCAGCGUGGGCACCUGGAUCAGGUAAGUUUGUUACACUUUGUAAUUAGAGGAAGUUCAGUAUAAAAUACCAACUUGAUGAGCGUUUGAUCUCUGCGAAAGAGGAAGCCCAGUAACAAUUACUAAUUUGAUGAGCACAUGACCUCUAGGAUUGAAGAAGCUUGGUAAUUAAGUUCAUUAAACUUGGUUCCUGCAAAUGAACAAUACAUGGUCACUAUGGAAGAGGAAUCUUGGCAACAGCAACUUAUGAGUGCAUGACCUCUGUGUUGAGGCUAAACCAAUUGAUGAGUGUGUGACCUCUGCGACAAAGAAAGCUCAAUAACAAAUACCAAUUUGAUAAGUGAGUGACCACUGUGAUAGUGGACGCUCAGUAACCUAAUACUGGUUUCAUAUGACCUCUGUUAUAGAGGAAGCUCAGUAACAAGUUUCAUAAGCAUGUAACCUUUGUAAUUAGAGCAAGUUCAGUAUAAAAUAUCAAUUUGAUGAGCGUGUGACCUCUGCAAUAGAGGAAGCCAAGUAAAAAUGACCAAUUGACCACUAGGAUCGAAAAAGCUUGGUAACUAAGUCAAUGUGAUAAGCUUGCGAUAGAGGAAGCUUAGUAACUAAGCAUCAAUUGAUGAACACAUUGCCUCUGCGAUAAAGGAAGUUUGAUGCUUUGGUCAAUUUUGACCAUGAGACUUUGGUAAAAGGAUGUAUGCAAACUAUGGCAAAUUCUGACAUGUCACCUCUAUGAUAGAGAAAACUUAAUGACUCGGCCAGUUCCAAACACGUGACAUCAAUGAUUGAUGAGGCUCAGUGACCAAAGAGUCAUCUAUAGUAUACACUAUCCUUCUAUGUAUAAUAAAAAUUCUUCUAAGUUAUCAAACAAAAGUGAUGCUAGAAUGCAGCUUAAAAACUUGUACACAUGUCAAUAUACAACUAUACCUGCCCAAUAUGUUAGUGGAGAAAACACAAUUCCUACCAAAUUCAGUGAGAUCGUCUAAGCUAGCAAAACACAGAUAUCUCUGUUACAAUCAUAGUAAACUAUACUUACCGAAAUUAAAUAGAGAAUAUGGAUACCAUGGAAUGGACAAGACCAAAAGUUAAUGCCUAAUCUGAAUACUCACUCAACUCAUGAAAUAAAUUAUUUACAGCAAAGAAAACAUACUAAAAUGUAGCUUGCUUAGAAAUAAUUCCUGAAAGUGGAAACACGCAAAAGUGAGAACUACUGAGGGGCAGAGCUAGCUGCAGACCAGAGCAGACACAUCCCAAAGAGCUCCAAGCUAAAUCCUGCAAAAUACCAGAUUUUUGGGCGGAAUUUGGGUACUUACCUUCUCACUACUUAGCUUCCCACAGACUGCAGCACUAAGUAGUCAAGAUGGGCAGGAAAAAUAAAAAACCUAGGGCGGAUAAAGCACCUAACAGCCGAGACAUUGAUGAACUUCUAUGAAACUCACAGAGGGCUGCGUGGGAGAAAAUGGCGCUGGGGGAUGAGGGCUCCUCUUAUAUGUCUGAAAUAAAUCUCAGAGAGAGGGAGAGCUUCGCUUGGCCCACCAUCUCUGAACAAGACCAAGACACCCUGGCCGAAAAACCAGUCAAUGCAUGCUUGCUAAAAAGUAUGUAUGGCGGCAGACCUGGUCUACUUGAAGGACGCCAUUAAAGGUCCCACCACGAGGCUUACCCUUCUAAAGGUUUCGGCAAGCAUCUAAGAAACUCGACUAACCACAUUGAAACUGAAAUGUGUAGACCUCGAAAAUCAGCAACUCAGUACAGCCAAGAAAUUGGAGACCCUGGAGAACCAAAGUCGAAGACACAACCUGAAAAUCUGUGGAGUCUCUGACAUCAUAGUCCUCUCUGAUCUCCCACACUUCAUCAGGAGUUUCCUUUUAUUACUUUUUCAUCUUAUGAAUGCUGUUUGAUGUGUUUUGUGUAGAUUUACACCUCUCAUUUACUGCUCAUCGUUAUAUUACUUGUUAGUGAUGCACAUUUAUGGAUCCACACAUCUUGCAGUCACCUGCUUAAAGUACCUCAUAAUAAUAGCUUGCUACAAUAUCCCCACCACCACCUCUAGAAACAACAAAAGUGAUAUGUGUUUGUGCGGUAUAAGUCCCUGGAGGGCGCUGCCUCAUGGAGCACAUAAGCCCCAGUGAGUUUAUAUUUUCUGAGCUAUUCUAAUGUGCCCUGGAGGGUUUGUAACUUCGUUACUUCUUUAUUGUGAUCUAUUGUUUUUAACUUGCAAAUAACCUAAUUAUGCAUGUUUUCAAUAUAAAGCUAAUUCUUGUGUUUUGCCUGUCAUAUGUCAGGUCUGUUUGGCAAUAGCCCACUCACUGUCUUACUCUCAUGUGAAAUGAAAUAAAUAAAGAAUUUAAAAAAAAUAAUUUUUAAAGUGAGAACUACCAAAUGUCUACCAUCACAGCUGAUUGAAUGCAUACUUUUCCAGAACUACCGACGAUAACUGCCUUUCCCAAAAUAGCAAACAAAUGGGAAUGCAUACUGCAAAGUCACUACAUGGCAUCUAAGUGCUACUAACUGCCCAACUCCCAAUGCGUGCAAUAAAAGGGCUACUGAAUUGUGGAAAUAUAGCCACAAUAUUUAACUGCUAAUACACACUUCAAAGAAUCUGCUAAUAUCCAAAGGCAAACACCCUUAAACUAUGUCCUUCUGCGGUUUAAAAAAAAAAAAAAAAGUAUAACCGUGCAGCAAGGUACCACUAAUGCUCUCCAGAACACGUACACAUAAAAAGGAAAUUCUGUGUUGUCCACCCUUCUCCCCCUCCCCUCCAAAAAAAGUAAGUAUAUACCAUAAAAGGAAAGAAAUAUUCCUGUUCCUACAGCCCAAAUAUUCCUACAGCUCAAAUGGUAUGACUAGCACAAUUGCUUGACUAAUUAAAUUAAUUUCUCUACGGUGUAUUGUUUCUGUUACCUAGUGAAAUUAAUUAUGUACAGUAUAUAGUGAACAGUAUCAUGUUGGCACCCAGGGAAUCAUCAUUUGUAUAAUUAAUAUGUCUUAAUGACCUGUUAAACAUAGUGUAAGAACUCUUAGAAGGCAUAAGAAAAUUGUAGAAACCAUAGGAUAGGACAUGUGAGAUUGAUGCCUUGCUUGUUCAUAACUGAAACAAAACAUCAAGUGCGAAGGCACCCAUCCAGUGCACAGGUUGAAGAUAUGUAUGAUGAAAUCAUGCCCAGCUUGUUUAUAUGUACUUGAUGCUAUGUAAAACCACACAAAAUUGUAUUGCCUGUCGUGAUCCUUCUCAUUCAUAGACAGAACUUACAAAAGAUGAACUUAGGAUAGAGAAACAAAGCCUAGGUUGCACCGGUGGACAUAUAGCUAAUAAGCAAAGCUAAAACCAAUGUACCUAGAAGAUAGAUAAUGCCAGGAUCCGAACAAUGCGUUGAACAGUGCAACAAUACAUAAAUUGAUCUUGUGACGAACUGAACCUCGUCACAGGUUCUUGGAGGGGCCUGCUGGCCAGCCUUUUGCCUCAGAACUUUGGGCCCUGCAAUAUACCUUGCCCAAUGCACUGUAAAAGGCUCUGUUCAUGUGUGUAAUGUACUUUUGUACUCCAGACAGAGAGACUGAUUCCCUGGAACUGUUUUGGGCAAAGGACCAUGUGCACGGUCGGUCAAAAAUAAGACUUCCAGGAAAUUCCUGAACUGAUCUGAGUGAUUUUUGGAUAUGUUGGCCCUGAUCCCCUGAUCAGGGCUAUCGGGGGAUGUAACAUUUGUGGGGAUUUUAUGUGUUUUGUGGUACUUUUGGGGUUUUUAGAAUUUUUUUCUGACUGGGGAUAAUUGAGUUAAUACAGUAUCUGACUCAAUUAUCUCCUAGGCAGAGGGGAGGGAUUGUGUGCUGUGUGUGGGAGUGUUGUGCCUUAUAACCUUAUUGUUAUUGGUCUGUGAAGUUACAAAUUAGUCUACCAUCAGGUCCAUGUUCGCGUACCCCUUGCAUGGGGAUUGUCAUAUAAGGCCAAGUGUGGCUCCCAUUAAACUGAGAUUCGUUUUACCCUUCAUAAGGUCUAGGCUCAUGUUUGGGGGAUUGGAGAGCUAUAUUCACAUUCUGGGGAUUGCUAUAGUCACUAUACUCUCUUGGAUCACAACACUUACUCAUAUAAGAGCAGCCUGCUUUGCUCUCUGGACUAGGAGAGGUCAACCCACUGGAAGCUGGAUUCUGGUGUUGGGUCCAGGGUGGGUGGAGGACAGCGAGACCCCAACCAAGCUGCGGCGGUUUGUGGGGUUUACGGUGGUUAUGGUGUUCCAGUGCAGUGCUUAUGGUGCUGGCAAGUGCUAGGAAGCAGCGAUUGAUGGAGGUACCAGGUCGGGGUGCCAGGCGGUCCGUCACAGAUCUGACUUCCAAUACCAUAACAAUGCUGGGAAAUAAUAUUUCUACAGCUUUACAAUACAUAGAUUACCUGUCAUUCCUAUAACUUUACCAUGCAUAGAUUGACCACCAAAAGCACAACAAUGCAAACAUUUCUCUGACAUCAUAUAGUACUAAAAUUGUGGAAAAAACGGAAAUUGAGAUAGCGCAAUAAUACAUAGAUGGAGCAGACAAUCAAAUAGCACAGCAAUAGUUACCUGGCCUAAUAAUGCAUAGCUGCAUUUUGUAUGAUUAGAUUUGUGCACAAAUCUGCUCUGGCCAGUCCGUGUGAAUAAAAUUCCUUUUAAUCCAAUAAGACUCUGAAAAUAAGACGAACUUGCAUUAGUUAAUUUUUACCUAGGUCUAGCUCUGGUGCUUAGCUCCAAUAAACAACUUGCAAUAAUAGAAAAUUUAGUUUAUUAUUGAAAUGCCACUGUCUAAAACAACACUGUUAAAUGCACAUGAUAUAAUAUUUCAAAAGCAAAACGUAACAUGGUACCCACAUACCAAGUGCAGCUAUCAGUAGAGAAAGGAAAUAAAUGGUAAGAGUCCACUAAAUAUACAGCAAAAAUAUUUAAAGACAUGCCAUAAAGAGCAUACUGCAUGGCUGCAGUCUUAUUCUUUAAAGACUGACACUUAUUGGGGGCGUGCAGAUAUAAAAGAUAUAAAAUCCCCAGUAUGCAAACUAAAAAGUCCCCCCUUUAACUUCCUAGCUCAGUGAUUAACCACAAACCUGCCCCAGGAAGGGUUGCCAGCUUGGGGCCCCACUCACCAAGAAAAGUGGAGGGAAAAACAAAAAAGUCUGCAUGCAUAAUAUGUAGAUCACGUUUUGCCACGCUGUUGCCUUCUCGAACUGCUGUACUACCAAACUACAAGGUGCAAAAAAAGAGAUUCCUCCCCACCCAGUCAAAGGCACACUGCUACCAUCGGUGUGAAAGUAACUUAGAAGUUAGCCCUGGCACCGGUUCUAUCCAAAUUAAACUGUGGAGAGUAGCCGAGUGCAUACUGUGUGCUGCAGGGCCGGACUGGGAAUACGAAGCAGCCCUGGAAAAAAUCUAUGCCAGCCCCAUAAGUCAUUGUGCUAUGUAGGGUGUUUAUAUAUAUAUAUAUAUAUAUAUAUAUAUAUACAUACACAAUUGAAAUAGUUGGCUGCACUCUCGGAUUUCCUGAAAAUGUAACUUUUAUUGAAAUAUUUAAGAGAAGAUCAAUGUUUCAGUCCCUCUUGUGGACUUUCGUUAUGAUCCUGAUGCAAGUCCACAAGAGGGACUGAAACGUUGAUCUUCUCUUAAAGGACCACUCUAGGCACCCAGACCACUUCAGCUUAAUGAAGUGGACUGGGUGCCAGGUCCAGCUAGGGUUAACCCAUUUUUUCAUAAACAUAGCAGUUUCAGAGAAACUGCUAUGUUUAUGAAUGGGUUAAGCCUUCCCCCUAAUCCUCUAGUGGCUGUCUCAUUGACAGCCACUAGAGGCGCUUGCGUGCUUCUCACUGUGAUUUUCACAGUGAGAGCACGCAAGCGUCCAUAGGAAAGCAUUAUGAAUGCUUUCCUAUGUGACCGGCUGAAUGCACGCGCAGCUCUUGCUGCGCGUGCGCAUUCAGCCGACGGAGAGGAGAGAAGGAGGAUCGGAGGAGGAGAGCUCCCCGCCCAGCGCUGGAAAAAGGUAAGUUUAACCCCUUUUCCCCUUUCCAGAGCCGGGCGGGACGGGGUCCCUGAGGGUGGGGGCAUCCUCAGGGCACUAUAGUGUCAGGGAAACGAGUAUUUUUUCCUGGCACUAUAGUGGUCCUUUAAAUAUUUCAAUAAAAGUAAAAUUUUAAGGAAAUCCGAGAGUGCAGCCAACUAUUUCAAUUGCCUAUAUAUAUAGUGGAGCCCUGGUGAUGCAACAGUAUAUAUAUAUAUAUAUAUAUAUAUAUAUAUAUUUUUUUUUUAUUUUUUUAUUUUUUUUAUUAUUAUUAUAAUUUUUUUUUUUAUUGAUACAUUUCUUCUUCUAAUUCAAAAAUUAGUUCUUUUAGGGUAAUUAAAUUAUACAGUAAAGCAUACUCACACACAGACAGACAAUCUUACUGAUGCACACAAAUAGGCUCAUUGACAGACAAUGACACACACAGACAAGGUUACUGGCGCACACACAAAUUUAGUACAGACAAACUCUGAUACACACAAACAAGCUUACUAUAGACAAGCUCACUGUUACACACACACGCUCACUACAGACAAGCUCACUGAUGCGCACACACUCUCCCUACAGACAAGCCCAUUGACACACACGCUCCCUACAGAAGAGCUCACUAACACACAGAUACACUACAGACAAGCUCACUGACACACACAUGCUCACUACAGACAAGCUCACUGACACACAUAUGGUCACUACAGACAAGCUCACGAUCACACUCAUGCUUACUACAGACAAGCUCACUGACACACAUAUGGUCACUACAGACAAGCUCACGAUCACACUCAUGCUUACUACAGACAAGCUCACUGUACACAAAUGCUCACCACAGACAGGCUCCGACACACCCAUGCUCCUUACAGACAAGCUCACUCACUAGCAGGCACACACACACACACACACAUACACACAGAGGCUCCCUCACUAGCAGAUGUGCGCACACACACACAGAGGCAAACAGUCACUGACACCCAGGCAGACAGCCACACACACACACACAGGCAGACAGUCACUGACACCGAGGCAAACACCCACACAUACAAAGACAGGCAGUCAGCCACACACAUACACAGACAGACAGCCACACACUCACACACAGGCAGACAGUCACACACUCACACAGAGACAGUCACACACUCACAGGCAGUCACACACUCACACAGAGACAGUCACACACUCACAGGCAGUCACACACUCACACAGAGACAGUCACACACUCACAGGCAGUCACACACAGUCAGUCUCACAGAGACAGUCACACACUCACAGGCAGUCACACACUCACACAGAGACAGUCACACACUCACAGGCAGUCACACACUUAGACAGAGACAGUCACACACUCACAGGCAGUCACACACUCAUACACAGUCACACACUCACACAGAGAUAGUCACACAGUCACAGAGAGUCACACAGUCACAGUCACACACUCACACAGUCACAGACAGUCACACACACACACACAGACAGUCACACACUCACACAGUCACAGGCAGUCACACACUCACACAGUCACAGGCAGUCACACACUCACAGGCAGUCACACACAAACAGUCACACAGUCACAGGCAGUCACACACUCACAGGCAGUCACACACAGACACACUGACCUGCUUCUUCCCUCCUGCUUGGAGCUCCUGGAGGCUUGUUGUUGGGGAAGCAGGGACUCUUUCCUGCUUCCCAUGCUGCAGUCAGCCAGGCCCCCGCCGCACGGUAAGCCCCGCCCCGCCGCACGGUAAGCCCCGCCGCAAAUUUUUUUUUUUUUUUUUUUAAAUUUAAUGAUCCCUGCCGGUCAUGUGUGAGCUGUGCCGGCCGCCUGGCUCCCCCUGCUCCCAUGGGGCUCUGUGCGGCCACACACCUUGUACAUGGCCGGCCAGGAUCACAGGAGCUGUCAGACCGGCCCCAAGUGCCGCGGCCCACCGGGAAAUUUCCCGGUAUCCCGGUGGGCCAGUCCGGCCCUGGUGUGCUGCUGCCGCAAGCAGUAGGACCCAAGCGUGAAGACCAAUGAGACCAUGUGCAGUGGGUGGUUUAUGACAGCCCUGCCUUAAACUGUAAGGUACGAAAAAAGAAAUAAAGUCUCCUGUAUCUGCAAUGCCGUCAGUAUCCCACUUGACUUUGUACUGCCUACCACUGGUGACUAUAAAUAGGCCGGGAAAUCUCUUCCACAACUCCAAGCAUACCAGCCAUCUCAUAUUUGUGUGCAUAUACAUUUUUGUAUGCAUGUUAAGGAAUGCUGUGAAUUAAACACUAUAUACAUGUAACCUUUUUUUUCCAGCUGUUUCUUUUGUUGAUGACCUUAUGUUCUGUAUCAAUUAGCUAGUGAAAUGUUUUAUUUCCAUUGUCCAUCAACAUUUACAAUUUUAUUUUCUGAUUCAGCAUUUUGCAAUAGUGCUCCUUGUAUUGGUGACUACAUUCCUAUAUCUGUGAUAUAAUUGGUGUGUGAAUUAUUUUCCGAUUUGUUUAGCCAUUUGCAUCACAUGCGCAUGCACACAUUUGUUUUGAAUGCAUAAUGAAGCGUGCAUAAACACUUAUUCAGGCUUAUGCACGGCCGUAUAGUACAAAUUCCACCUCAAAUUGCUCAGUGGUGAAUGAUAUAAUUGGUUUUUGGCAGUUAACCAAGUGUAAAAAAGCCACACCCUAACACAGGUUUUGUGUACGUCAUUAUUAAUAUUAUCAGUUUGUUUGAGAUGCUAUUCACAAAUGUUAGCAAACAUUACAUUCGCCGACUAAUCUAUUCUUUUUGUAGCGGAAGGAAAUAAAAUUAUUACUCAGUAGAAAUAGGUACACAAAAAGAGGAAGCAUGGGACUGAAAAAAAGCAAGACAAUAAUAGGUGUCAGUAAAUCAAUGAAAGGUCUGAAAAGAAGGAAAGGGACACAAAAGAACAUAUAGAGGGGGUGACUUAAUGAUACCAGUGGGGGAACUGGAACAUGUCACUCAUACCAGUAUUAAAAAGGUCCUGCUUAAUAGAGUUGUGCUACAGACCCACAUUUUUGCUGGUGGUCUUGAGUGUCUAAAUCUAGUCUUUACUUUGGUGGCAGUAUGAAGGAAUGUCCACAUCCCCUAGAUACCAAUGCUUAACAAUUGUGUGUGCUGAUAUUAUAAUACAGUAUAUUUCUCCUCAGACACUGGCUGGCAACAGGGUACAUCUGGUUCAUUAUUCCAUAUAUGGUGUAUGACACGUAUGCGAUGUACCUUCGGCACUGGUAUAAAUGUCAGGACAAAAGGAUCUUAAAUGGGAAAGAGCAUUUCUCCAAAGCAAUGAACAGCCUCCUAAAGAAGGACUUCCUCAUGCUCGUCCAUCACACUGCAAUUCUAACUAUAAUUGUACCUAUUGGUCUGGUAAGAAUGAUGAGAAGACUCCAAAUUCCUGUAUUAAAUCGGUAUAGAUUUUUUAAUUUAAAUUCCGCAAUGUAAAUUGCAAACACUUCCAUACUUAUAUUUUUUGUGUAGAAUAGAAUGAUAAUAUUGUACACGGGGAACAGACAAGUUUUGUUUAAAGGAAACGUAUAUGUACAGUCCAAAUGAUUAAUGUUGACAACAUAAACUCUUCUCAUUGUAAAUGACUUCCUUUAAAAGGCAACCACUUCUCUUUCUUCACCAACCUAAAGGCACAAGUCAGGACUAUACUUUUACUACACUAGAAACUAUAUUGGUUCCAUGUUAUUGGUGUAGAUUUUAUUAGUAUCUGCAAACAUACAAAACUAAGCCCUGCACUCUGACCCCAAAUACUUCUGGGUGGCAGCAAUGACUAAAGUACACAUUAGACCCAAUACAUUCUUUGUUUUUUACUGUGUGAGCUGAUGUACUAUAAGUAUUGCUGCCGCCGCCCAGAUGUAGUGAGAUUAACAUAGCGCAGGGCUUACUUUUGUAUGUUUGCACUUGCUUUUGUAUUACACAGGCAUGUUACCCACCUAUGUGUUCCCUAUUAAGGGUUAAUGAGUGUUUGGGGGUUUAGAAAAAUGCCCCUCUCUAUCUCACUAGAGAUUUUGAAAGCAGCAAGGUGAAUUGUUAGUUUAGUUAUCACCUAAGAGGCUUUGCCUUGAUGUGGUAGGUGAGCUUACACUCUAAUGGCUAUUGGAGUGAUACUAAAAAACCUCAAGUUAUUUAAAUGCCCCUAGGCAGUUUAGAUAGUGUGAAAGUAACAGUUUUCUUUGAUUUUUAUUAGUAUUUGAGCUGCCAUGAGAGGUCAUAUUGGUCUCAUGACUAUGUUUUCACCUAGGUAAAGCAAAAUAUAUGUUAAUAAAUCCUAAAAGACCAUGGCCAAAUUCCCUUACCUGCAUGUAUUCAAACGGUUGUUCAACACACAUACAUCUGUCAAUAGUUCUGCUUAUGCAAAUACACUGUGUCCAGCUUUUGAAGAUAUCCUCCACGUAACUUAAGGUUGAAUUUAAUAAAUACGGUUACUCAUUUCCAGGGCUCUUAAACAAGAUCUAUAUCUUAGUCAUGCUAAUUUCUAGGGUUAACAUAGACGGAUCCAGUAAAGAACUGUAGAUGUUUUAUCUGGAAGGGAAAGUAAACCAAAGGUAAGCUUUCCCAAACUAAACACAACAAGAUAAAUAAGUGAACAGAAGUCCAUAAUCUAGUCGUAUAGUUUGGAGAGCGUAGUAAAACGUCCCUAUGUGUUUCUACAGAGAUAAGAAAUCUGAAUUGUGUGCCUUGUAUACCUGUCACAUAUAUAUAUAGGCCUUUCUCCUUUAUUUUCCAACGUUAUAUGCAUAUCCUAUUGUCUAACACAAGCCAGUCAAACUACAAUACAAUAUUAUUUUUAAAAACUUAGCUUUUAAAAACAAGCCUCAAAUUAAAAAAACAAACCAAAAAACUUGGGGUUGGAAGUGCUUUCACACAGUCCAUUUACAUCUUUUCUGAAUUUAUUCUUGAGAUUAAUUGCGAAUGGGGCCACUGUGCAGCACUGCCCCUAGAAGCACCUCUAUUGGCUAUCAGAGGAGUGGCGACUAGAGGUUUUCCUCAGGUUUGUCUUUAAGCAUUGGCACACUGGUCAGAUGCCCUGGGGUCCAAUGAGUAUAGGGGCACCAUAGGCUUGCCAAGUUUCAGUAUAUUAUUCCAAGAGAUUUAUUCAGAACUUUCAAACCCUCUUUUUAAAAACAUUUAGGUGGACUAAUCACCGCAGCUGUUAUCUGUACAUGUGAUCUUGCUGUUGCAAAUACAUAUCUUGACCUUGACGAAAACAACGUACAUAUUAAUUGUACUGAAGCAAGACAAAAUUAACACAAACAGUUUGGUGAAGCAGUAAACCUAUAAUAAAGUUAAGACGACCUUUGUGUUCCUAGGCUGUGAUUAAAUUAAAAAGCUUGCAGGAUCUGACUAUACUCAGCAGAACAACUACAUUAAGUUGUUCUGGUGACUAUAGUGUCCCUUUAAAGAGAGAUCUGGUUUCAGGAAAUCUGCACCAAUACCAGCCACAAAUAGCCCCUUCUUAACAACUCGAGUUGCCUGCUCUAGGAAAGAUCUUGAAGAAAAAUAUAACAAAAAUACAUCAAUUUAACCACUUCAUAAAUGAGCCUCUUCAAAAAAAGGCUUUUCAAUGCAUUCAUUAAAGGCUUUUUCUGCAGUUGUGCUAAUUGUUCCACAUGGCUGUCUAUUUAAGUGCAACCAUAUACAUUAUAUAUAUAUAUAUAUAUAUAUAUUUAUAUAUUAUUUUUUUUUUAAUGAUAGACAGGGAUUCUUCUGCUACAUUAUAGCACACAAUUAUAUAUGAAUAAAAUAAUAAAAGGAAAAAUAUAUAAAUUUCCUUUCUUUGUUUUUAAUAUUUUUUUUACAUAACUGCAAAAUCAAACAAAAACAUAAACCUCACUUAUUAGUCUGGAUUGUUACAGAAUUUAAAGGACCAUUAUAGUGACAGGAAAACAAACUUGUUUUCCUGGCACUAUAGGGUCUUUAGGUCCCACCCUUCCAACUCUCGUCGGCCUAUAGGGGGCUGAAGGGGUUAAACUCUUACCUUUCUCCAGCACCGGGCUCCCUCGGUGCUAGGGUUCUCUCCUCCCUCUUACGACGCCAGGGCCGAAUACACAUUCAAUCAGUCCAUAGAAAAGCAUUUCUCAAUGCUUUCCUAUGGACGUCAGCGUCUUCUCACUGUGAUUUUCACAGUGAGAAGCGCGGAAGCGCCUCUAGCGGCUGUCAAUGAGACAGUUACUAGAGGCUGGAUUAACCCUAGUGUAAACAUAGCAGUUUCUCUGAAACUGCUAUGUUUACAGCUGCAGGGUUAACCCUAGAUGGACCUGGCACCCAGACCACUUCAUUGAGCUGAAGUGGUCUGGGUGCCUAUAGCGGUCCUUUAAUUAUAUUUAUUUUUUUAAAGUUACAGGGCAAGUGCUGCAAGGAGUUAAAUAUGGUUUUAAAAGUAGAAAUUGGUAAAAGUUGCUGAGACUAUAAUGUUAAUAGGGGUCACAUCACAUAAUACAAGACUUUUACACAAAAGUAUAUGUUUAUAGAAAGUAGAUCCCCUAUGGUAUUUAAUGGUACCUUCUAUGCCCAUAAAGCACAUCAGCUCAUUGAGGUGCUUUAGGGGCUAAAUUAAUGUCCCCUCUUUGUCACUUUAUAAAAAUCAAUUUUAAGAGAAUUCAGCACUUUAAUAAAGUGUUUAGGUUUGCACACUCCCUUUUGUUUUUAAUGAUUAAUGGAAAUUAAUUAUGUUGUCCAGUAUCUGCCUCACAGCUCAUCUUGGUGCACUUGGGAUUGCCUACCUUGGGUGACCUCCACAUGUUUCUUUCUUUGAUGUCUUAAAUAAAUAGUUCAAUAUGGCCAAUCUUGGCAAGACUAGCCUUGUGACAGUAUGUGUAAAAGCUGCUGUACAGUAUAUGGCAUCAAGCACCCUUAAAAUGUGUUCAUUUUCAUUCUAGUACUGGGAUGGCAAACGUAGGCCUUUGUUAGUUGUUGGACUACAUUUCCCAUUAUUUAUAUAAUUAUUGCACUGAAUUGCAUUACAGUAUUAGAGGAUGGCAAAAGUGUAGUUGUAGCAUGAUAUUCAGAUAGCCUAUUGAAUUCAUUAUUUUUAUUUAUUUAGCACAAUAUGUUCCUCACAUUUUCUUUUUUUUGUUUCAGUUUUUAAGAAGAGAUAUUGGUGAUUUCUUUGUUGGCUGUUUGUUUACAGCAGAACUGAGCACUCCAUUUGUAUCACUUGGUAAAGUUUUAAUACAGGUAAUCCACUAAUACCAGUCUGUAUGAUUAUACUGUUUAGGAAUAUUUCCCUGCACUCACCUGCUUUUAUCUAUAAACAUCUGCUGUGAUCAACAAACAAGAUACAGUAACACUGCUUUAUGUAUAAUUCCUUAUUUCAACAGUCAGUCACACUACGCACAAUCCUCCCAGUCACUGCAUAGAGUGGUUCUGUCAACCCGUGUGUUGGGAACAUUUAUUAAAAUGCAAACCUAGAGCAUGUAUAAAUGCACUGCAAUUUCUCGUGAAAUUUCCAUGUGCUGGUACUUCAGAAAUGGUUAGUGUAAGAGCAGCCCUCAUUCGCAGGCCUGUCACCCUGAAGCCAUAGAAUGACAUGCUCCCUUUACACUGUUCUGCACAUCGGCAGGCUGGGACGGGGGGCAAUUGCCCCCCAGGCCGCAUUAAAUCCAGGGCCGUCCGCAUCCAGCAAAAAAAGGAAAAAUCUGAAUCCUCUGCCUCUGGCUGGGAACUUGGAUUUUUCAAUGUACCUCUCUCCCUGCAGCCUGAUGAUGUCAGGAGGUGGUGGCGUGACUUCCACUGCUCUUCUCACUGGACCGCUGGGGAGUCUGGGAGAAGAGCAGAGGAAGUCACGCCCCCUCCUCCUGACAUCAUCAGGAGUGGCCUGCCGACUCCACUGACUCCUGGCUCCUGCCCACCACUCCCUGGCCUAAGGUAAGACACAGGGAGGGUGGAAUACACUUUAGUUUUUUUUUUAUUCCCCUUCCUCAGCCCUAUCUCCCUUACUCAGCCCCUACCCCAUCAGCUCCUUCCCCCCCUCUCAGCUCCUGUCCCCCUCACUCCCUGUUCUCAGCUCCAGCCACCCCCUCAGCUUCUGCCCCUCAGCUCCUGUCCCCACCUCUCCACUCCUGCCCUGCCCCUCAGCUCCUGGUCCCCCUUUUCAGCCCCAUGCCCCCCACCACAGCAAGUCUCCCCCAAUUUCAACCCAUAUCACCAACACCACAGCCCCUUUCCCAAAUUGUAGCCAUCAACCUACUUCAGCCCCUAUCCCUCCCCACUACAUUUCCUAACCCCCGAAUUACAGCUCAUACCCCCACUACAGCCCCUUACACAGCCCCUGUCUACUGGCUUUAAAAGUGUAAAGUUUGUUGUCAGUGUGUGUGUGUGUGUGUGUGUGUGUGUGAAUGUGUGUGUGUCAGCCAAUGUAUGUGUGUGUGGGUGUCAGUGAUUGUGUGUUUAUUAGUGUGUGUCAGCAAAUGUGUGUGUGCCUGUCAGUGAGUUUGUCUGUUUAGGUGACUGCCCCCCACCACCCCUUCAUUCACAUGGAGAAGGUGUUUUUACUCUCCUUUUGGUACAAUGGGCAACUUGACUGGAUUUGCCCCGCAGGCCAGGCUGCCAGCCCUCCCUUGGUUCUGCAUACUUAUAGUAAGGCCCAGUGAAUAAGAUAAAAAAUAUUGGCAUAAAAGCAGAGGUGGAGAAAAACAGAAGACUGUAUACAUUUUCAUUUUAAAAAUGCUUAGGAAUUAUUUGAAACAAAAUAUGUUUGUUAGUUGCAGUCAAUAGCAUGUGGAGUUCAUUCCUAGGUUCCCCAUAACCCGUAGUCUAACCCGAAUUUGUAACUAUGGCCUAAAUGUAAUAUUUUUGGAUAAGCUUUUCAAAUGACAACAGUCAGUUAGAAAACCUUUUCAAAUUAUUUAUCUACAGAAGUCACUAUUAAAGUUUAUGACAAAUUUUUGUACAUAAAUAAUUUGAAAAGUUUGAAUAUUUAAAAAGCUUAUCCAACAAAAAAUUAAUCAAGGCCUUUAAUUUCCAUUACUUCUAUCUUACCAAUAAAGUAUACAGCAAAGUACACAGUAAGUUCAACCUGGCAGAGUGCUAUAAUUUCCUGAGAGCAUCCAGAAUAAAAUUGUAGAAAAAAACAGCCCUAAGUUGACAUUUUGAAGGCACAGUUAUGACUGUGUGUUCAAAUGUUGACAUUUCAAAGGGAUACACUUGUGCAAAUGUUUUGGACAAACUGAUUCAUUUCCUCUGUGCUGUGGCUCACAAAUACCUGACAUUUAUACAUUCUAGUGCAGAAGCUAAAAGAUUUUCCUUAUUUGUCCUCAAGUAAGACUGUAUUAAAAUGGCACCUGUUAUGCUCCAAACAAUUUAUGCUCAUUAGAUUAAGCAUAGGAUUUUAUCAAUACAUGCUAGAAAAUGUAUACAUUAGGAGAAAAACCUAUUUAAAUUAUUUUAAUUUUUUUUUUUAUCCCAGCUGUCAGGCAAUGACUUGGCGUGCCGAGGCUUUGACUGGCAAGGGAGAGCAGAGAAGGUCCCUCUUCUUUCUUCCCAAGGCAACUACAGUGCACUGGCAAUAAAGGCUACUCAUUGACUUAGUGUGUCAACUGAUCACACCGCCAGGCCUGGCUAAGAUAGAGAGCAUUUUGGCUCUCCAAUGGAAGUAGUGGAGAAAAGAGUUUGACUUCUUUCAAUGGGGGGCACCAGGGCACACAUGACACCAUAACCACUACAGUUAUGUGUAGUGGUUAUGGUGCUUGCAGUGUUCCUUUAACCCUCACUUUUCAGAACACCUUGAUAAAUAUCCCCCAUUGUGCUUGAACAAAAUGAGAAAACCCAUCAAGAUAAAGUAAUAAAUUACAGUUUUAAUUACAUGUAGUAUUCUUUUACUAAACCAUUUCUUUAUUUCUUGCAGAUAAAUUGGCAAAAUUCCCUCCUGCAUAAAGUGAACGGUGCUGUUGUGCUAAUUACCUUCUUUAUCUGUCGCAUUCUUCUUUUUCCAUUCAUGUACAAUGCCUAUGGAAAACAGUAUGGGAUCCCAAUAUACAAAGUGCCUUUCAAUAUCCCUCUGCACUGCAAUGUCAUAAACGCCAGCAUUAUGGCCCCACAGAUAUACUGGUUCUGGCUCAUAUGUCGAAAAGCUUUAAGACUUUAUACCAGCCAUCCGCAGACAAAAGACAGAUAACACUGUUUGCAGUGGGAAGCAGAGACUGCCAUGGAUUCACUCCAGAGAUAAACUGCCUUGGAUGUGACAAGGCUCCUCAGUGUGCCACCAGCCUCUCUUGCAAAGGAGGAAAUUUACAUGUUUGCCAACCAGUGUUUAAGCUUCCUAAACAAUGCAGGGGAAGCAAUAACAACCACUUCAUGAAAGAUAACAAAACACACUGGAUAUGAAUAUAAGAGACGCUAGGGUCUUUUUUUAUGUUUUUUAACUGACAGGCUAUUCAGUAAGGUGACAAUUGCUGGGAAUUCAAAGUGAAUUCAAAACGUAAUGCCAAAAUAGCCAAACACAACACAGAAAUGAAAAAUUGUCCUAAAGAAUCUAUUUUGGCCUAUUUUUUUUUUAAAUUCACUUUGAAUUUCUGGCAAUUCUCACUUAAGUGAAUAAACCCAAGAAUUAAAUUCAAACAUUAGGUCAAAAUUUGAAAAUUCUCCGUCAGCUAUAUUUUCUGUUCAGCUAUUUUAGCGUAAAAUUUGAUAUUCACUCCAACCAUUCACACUCUUCGAUUUUGCUUUGAAUGGAAAUACAAUUCCUUCUGUGAGCAAAAGCACUUCUUAACAUUCGCAAAUACACUGCCUGGCCAAAAAAAAGUCGCCACCCAAAAAAAAAAGGUCACACACUAAUGUUUUGUUGGACCGCCUUUAACUUUGCCUACGGCAUGUAUUCGCUGUGGCAUUGUUUCGAUAAGCUUCUGCAAUGUCACAAGAUUUAUUUCCGUCCAGUGUUGCAUUAAUUUUUCACCGAAAUCUUGUAUUGAUGAUGGGAGAGUCGGACCACUGCACAAAGCCUUCUCCAGCACAUCCCAAAGAUUCUCAAUCCGGUUAAGGUCUGGACUCUGUGGUGGUAAAUCCGUGUGUGAAAAUGAUGUCUCACGCUCCCUGAACCACUCUUUCACAAUUUGAGUCCCGAUGAAUCCUGGCAUUGUCAACUUGGAAUACGCCCGUGCCAUCAGGGAAGAAAAAAAUCCAUUGAUGGAAUAACCUGGUCAUUCAGGAUAUUCAGGUAGUCAGAUGACUUUGUUGUUUGGGCACAUAAUGUUGCUGAACCUAGACCUGACCAACUGCAUCAACCCCAGAUCAUAGCACUGCACCCACAGUAGGCAUUAGGCAUGAUGGGUGCAUCAGUUCAUCUGCCUUUCUUCUUACCCUGAUGCGCCCAUCACUCUGGAACAGGGAAAAUCUGGACUCAUCAGACCACAUGACCUCCAUUGCCCAUUGCUCCAGAGUCCAAUCUUCAUGCUCCCUAGCAAAUUGAAGCCUUUUUUUCUGAUUAGCCUCACUAAUUAGUGGUUUUCUUAAUGCUACACAGCUGCUCAGUCCCAAGCUGAGUUCCCUUCGCAUUGUGCAUGUGGAAAUGCUCUUACUUUCACUAUUAAACAUAGCCCUUAGUUAUACUGUUUUUCUACAAUUUGAUUUCACCAAACGCCAAUCACGAUCAGGACUUUUUUCCGACCACAUUUUUUUCAUCGAAGAUGAUGGUUCCCCAGUAUCCUUCCAGUUUUUAAUAAUGCGUUGGACAGUUCUUAACCCAAUUUUAGUAGUUUCUGCAAUCUCCUUAGAUGUUGUCUCUACUUGAAAAAUGAUUGGUCCUUUCUCAAACAGACUAACUAUCUUUUCCACGACCAUGGGAUGUGUCUUUCGACAUGGUUGUUUAAGAAAUGAGAAGCUACUUGUUGCCAGCUGAAAGAUAAUUGUGCGUGCAGUAACUAUCCAAUAGGAGGCUUUUACCGAUAUGCUUAGUUAAAUUCAGGUGGCAACCUUUUUUUUUGGCCAGGAGGUGUAUAUAUGACUGCAAGGGUUUAGGUAUUUAACACUGCCAUUUUAAACAGAGGGAAUCAUAUCCUCUGUGCACUGUACACUUCCUGCUGUAACUUACAGCAGCUGCAUCACAUUAAAAGGAGGUUUGAAGGAAAACUUACAGGUUUAAACUAUAUAAAAAAAAAUUGCAUUUCUUAAUAUUUAGGUGUUUCACUAGAGAAAAUGAACAAUAUCUACAGUUUAUUGGUACAAUAUUAAGGGUUAUAUGUAUAAAAAUAUGUCAAAAUUAUAUUUAAAAAAAAGGCAAAGUUCUAAAAGUGUAGCAUUCACCGUGGUAACUACUGAAAUGUUACUGCUGAUCUCUCCAUGUUUAGCACUUUGCCCAAGAAUUGCACUAAUUUUCUUUGGUUGCCAUGUUUACACAUAUUGCCCAUUUAUUUAGCCAAGAUUCACCGAAAGAAAAUUGAUUUGUUCUUGAGAAAUAGGGCAUUGAUCUAGCCACAUACUUAGAGUGAAUAUUUUGUAACAUUUAUGUCAAAUGUUAAAGCAGAACCAACGUUAAAAAAUUAAGUGAUGUAAGUGGUUUCAUUCAUAGUGUUUGAUUGAUACCGUAUAUACUCGAGUAUAAGUCGACCCAAAUAAAAGCAGAGACCCCUAAUUUUACCCCCAAAAACUGGGAAAACUUAUUGACUCGAGUAUAAGACUAGGGUGGGAAAUGCAGCAGCUACUGGUAAAUUUCUAAAUAAAAUUAGAUCCCCAAAAACUUAUAUUAAUUGAAUAUUUAUUUACAGUGUGUGUAUAUAAUGAAUGCAGUGUGUGUGUGUAUAUAAUGCAGUGUGUGUAUGAAUGCAGUGUGUGUGUGUGUAUGAGUGCAGUGUGUGUUUGUGUAUGUGAUGCAGAGUGUGUAACCUUGGUGGGGGG